AUGAGCUUGUCAGAACAUUGCGCAUUAAAGAUCAAUUCUCUAUUUUUCUCAUUCAGCCUGACGUCCGAUGUUGAUUCGCGCAUCCUUUUAACAGCCACUCAUGAUAGAAAAUUUUUGACUAUUACAAGAAUAAUAGGAGAGCCUUUUAUGGAUGAUAUUAAAAAAUAUGCAAGAUAUCUGCUUUACACGCUUGAUAGUUAUUUUUCUUCUUUGAGCCUCGAUUUUUUCAAGCUGUUUGAACGUCGGGGUUUAUUAUCUUUUGCAGGAAUAUGCUUUGCUCAUAAUACAAUCCGACUUGCUGUUUGGAUAGUCACACUCAUGUCAGAUAUCUCUCGUUAA